AUGAGUCAUAGUCACAUCGAUCCUUUCACCGAUCUCGCAGACGGGGAUCUAGAGAAACAAGAUGAGAGCGACGGCCAUGCUCGCUCCCCUGGAGGCACCCCCAGACGCGGCGGUAGAAGAAAAGAGGGCGCAGAUGGAGCUGCCGGUGGACACGGCAAAGUGGAAUUGAAAGAAUGGGACUGCUACGACAAGCUGGGAUACACUUUCUCCUGGUGGAAGAAAUGGGGCAUCCUCUCGGUCAUCUUUGCUGUUCAAACAUCCAUGAACUUCAAUGCCGGUUUCUAUGCCAGCAGCGUCAGUCUUUACGCGAAACACUUCAGCAUCUCCGAGCAGGCUGCACGUACUGGUCAAAUGGGCUUCCUCAUUGCCUAUGCAUUUGGCUGCGAAUUCUGGGCUCCCUUCAGCGAGGAGUUUGGCCGAUGGCCAAUCAUGCAACUCAGCCUGUUCUUCGUCAACAUCUGGCAGGUUCCCUGUGCUCUGGCUCCAAACUUUGGUACCAUUGUUAUCUGUCGCAUUCUCGGCGGUCUGUCGUCUGCCGGUGGCUCUGUGACACUUGGAAUGGUUGCAGACAUGUGGGAGCCCGAGGACCAACAAUAUGCCGUGGCCUUCAUUGUGCUAUCUUCAGUGGCCGGCUCUGUAGUUGCCCCAGUCGUGGGUGGCUUUGUGGCGACCUUCCUUGACUGGCAUUGGAACUUCUGGCUUCAGCUCAUUCUCGGUGGCUUUGUGCAGAUAUUGCAUUUCUGUAUUCCAGAGACCAGAUGCAGCAUCCUCGUCACGAGAGAGGCCAGGCGAAGACGGAAAAACGGGGAGAUGGUAUACGGUGGCGAUGAGCUGAAGGGACACCGCAUGUCUUUCCGCUGGGUGUUCAUGGUUUGGGUUCGUCCAUUCAUUAUGUUUGUCCGGGAACCUAUUGUUCUGUGUCUUUCGCUUCUUAGCGGCUUCAGUGAUUCCCUGAUCUUCACUUUCCUCCAAUCGUAUACUCCGGUAUACAAGCAAUGGGGAUUCAAUACCAUCACCAUUGGACUCUCCUUCCUCCCACUUAUGGUCGGCUACUUCAUUGCCUAUUUCUCGUUCCUCCCUUGGAUUUACCGGCAUUCCAAAAUUAGAGCCCGGGACCCUGAUGCUCUGCAACCGGAAGCUCGUCUUUACUGGUUGUUAUGGGUGGUCCCUCUGUUAUCAAUAGGCCUAUUUGGAUUCUCGUGGACAAGUCUCGGUCCGCCCCAUGUUCACUGGAUUGCGCCUAUGAUAUUCUCCACGUUGAUCGCCAUUGCCAACUAUGCCAUUUACAUGGCCACAGUCGACUACAUGAUUGCCUCGUAUGGCCCAUGGUCAGCCUCGGCCACAGGAGGAAAUGGGUUCGCCCGUGACUUCCUGGCUGGAAUUGCAGCCAUGUACUCGGUGCCUAUGUAUUCAAACAUGGGUAAAAAACACCACCUUGAGUGGCCAUCGACCUUCCUGGGCUUCAUGGCGAUUAUUUUCACCAUUCCGAUAUAUGUGUUCUAUUGGAAGGGCCCCAGAAUUCGGGAACUGUCGCCAUUCGCCCAAACCUUGGCUGCCGACAGGAAGAAGGCUGGUCGCAGGGUUUCUUCCUGUGGCUCUGGUGAUCCGGAUCCUGUGGAGAGGUAUUUUUCCUCUCGUUCCUCGGAAUAG